UAGGAGAGCUGUAAUGCAAAAAGAAUAUUCCUGAGUAAACCGUCGAGAGAAGAAGUCUCGGUGUUCUGUCAUCAUUGCUGCUGAUAGGCAGCAGAGGCGGCGGAGUACAGACACAAGCACAUAAAAUGAGAACCCUCAUUGGAACCUUGUCAGGGAAUUUUCCUUUUUGGCAGUUCCUCCUUUGGUGCCAGGGCUCUGCAGGCUAAUCUGACCCCUUACAUAGAAAUUUCUAGAGACCUUUCAAUUCUUUAGUGUCCCUGUUAUAAUUUUAGAAACCUGGAGGUCACUGGUGUCGGAGACAGCCCUGCUAUGGUAGCUUGACUUUUCCACAGGCUACCUGUGGACUAGGAUUAAGCAUCACCUGUUUUGUCUCUUGAGAGAAUGGCCUGUGGCUCCUUCAGAAGACACAAAGCAAGCGUUUGUAAGCAGCAGCUCCAUUUUCAGAGGACUUUGGGACCUCGCAGCUCUCCUUGGUGGUACCAAACUGCAGGCUACAAUGCAGCCUGCUGCACUUCUGAGCUGGCUCCUCAGCCUCAGAGCAACACAUGAUCUGAAGUAUCUCCUGUCAUGCUGUGGCCCUAGGAACAGGCUGCAAAUCGUACCGACCUCACUUAGCUGUUUGGAGAAGAAACUGUCUGCACCCUUAACAUUCAUUACAGUACAAAUCAUUGCAAAUGCAGUGAUGUCACCUGAACUGGUGACCCUGUGAACUAGAGCCACCAGUGACAACACUGUUCUUUAGAGACAGCCUGGCUGUUUAAUAGUUGUUAACCCUAUCAAGAGGGGGUACUCUAGUCUGGAGGAAUGCCUGUAGCUUCAAACACAGGAAUUUAUAAAUGAAAAACAAUACAGCCAAGCAUGCUACAGUCUCCCAGUGAGGAUGAAAUAUCUCUUUUUAGUCUACAUUUAGACAUUCUUCUUAUGCUUACAGUUUGCCUAUUGAAUUUCAGGUGUAACUAAGCACAAUGGGUUCCUACUUGGAUUAGUGCAAAACCAAAACAACCACGGCCAAGACAUAACAGAGUGGAGAUCUGGGUGUACUGGCACACGCCUUUAAUCCCAGCACAUGGGAGCCAGGGGCAGGUGAAUGUGCGUUUGAGACCAGCCUGGUCUACAUAAUGAGUUCCAAGACAGCCAGGGCUAUUACACAGAGGAAGAAAGGAAGAGAGAGAAAGAAAGAGCAAGCAAGAGAAAGCAAGCAAGCUCGCUGAUUAGUUAAAAUGGUAGGCAGGGACACUUCUUGGCAUGUUUGGUUUUUGAAAAUGUAGUCCCCAUCACCACAAAUUUUACAGUUGAGUUUCCUACAUUUGGGGAAAUUGCCAGGGUCGGUUCAUCUUGAGUACAAUGGAUAAGCCUUGCCCCGGGAAAACCAUCUUUGAGAUCACCAUAUCUCCCUUGCCAGGUAAGCACGUAUGUUCUUUCUUUUAAAAUGUGUUCUUUUCAUAAGUAUGUAUGUGUUUUCUUUAAAUAUUUUUUUCUUUCCAUUUUUGCUUCUAUGUAUGUCUGGGCACCUUGUGCAUGGAGUACCCACAGAGGCCAGAAGAGGGCAUCAGAUACUCUGGAACCGGAGUCACAAACUGCCCAGUACAGAUCUUAGCUGGUUGACUCAGAGAGCGGACCUAACGAGAACCCGCAGCUUCCCGGCGAGCAUCGCCGAGCCCCGCCCAGUCCUUGCGUAGGGGCAUCGUUCUCGGAGACCCUCAAGAAGCUCCGGAAGUGCGCGGCGACCGCGACCGCGCGCUUGCGCAGCUUGGCUGUUCCGCCCCCAGUCGGCAGUCAACUUGCGCCCUCAGCGCGGGCCAGGCUGCGUGUAGGUGUGUGCCUGGUCCAGAGGGUAGGUGAGGCUCCCGCGUGCCUGUCGUCCUGCAGGUGGGCAGGGACAGCCAGCAGGCAGGGUCUCGGGCUCAGGGCGCUGAGGAUGCCGCGACACCUGGUAGGAGGGCUAGUGGAGGAGGCGGCGGUCGCAGCCAGAAGGGCCAGCCAGCAGCGGGAGAACCCGUGGGAGGGACCAGCCGCUGGCGGCAAUGCGGCCUUGGGAGGCAUGGAUGUGAAGGACGAUGACCUUUAGGUUUUGCCCAGGGCUAGCCCUGACCGCCUGUGUGUCCACUCGCACCCGCAACCCUGUGAGGCCUAUGGCGGCCAGGUCCGCAGCCUUUCCCAGGCUGGCCCUCUAAGGCUGCUAUGCGUCCACUCUUGGUGUCCUGGUGCAUGGCUGGAACUGCCAACUCGCGCCGUGCAUGGGGCAGUUCUCAGUUUGGAUAGCGGCACGGGACAGGUCACACGCUAGCUCUCCCGGCAUCAGGACACUCCAGAAGGCCACUUCCGAAGCAAGGUCUGUCGUCGUCUUCUGAUCAUCCGUACGCUGCCACAGCUGAAUGGGGCUGAGUUGGUCCGUUUUCUCUCCCUGAGAGUAAGUUGGGGAGGCCUCAGGCCCGGGCUGCCUCCUGCCUUACCACGGAUUCCAAAGUGGUUCACAGCACAGAUGGCUACCAAGUCCUGCUCCCCGACUCCGGGUGAGAUGCCUCUGACCUUCCAGGAUGUGGCUGUGUACUUCUCCAGGGCAGAAGGGCAGCAGCUUAGCCCCCAGGAGCGGGCACUGUACCGGGAUGUGAUGUUGGAGAACUAUGGGAACGUGGCCUCACUGGGAUUCCCAGGCCCUAAGCCAGAACUGAUCUCCCAGCUGGAGCAAGAGGAAGAGCUGUGGGUCCUGGAUCUUCUCCGGGCUGAAGAACCAGAAGUCUUGAGAAGUUGCCAGACAGAUUCUGAGAUCGAGACCAAGAAGGAGCUAUCCAUUUUAAACCAGAAAUGUUCCGAAGAAGUAAAAACCCCAGAAUUACUCUCACAAAAAUUCCCAAGGGUUCGCUCACAGGCAUCUGAGGCCCAUGAAGGUCAGGGAGACAGGAGCCACGAAAGCUCUGCUACUCAGGGUUUGAAGAGUGUUGCUAAAAAGGACUCUACGCUCUGCAGGGAGCAACUUCCAGAGAACACCCAGGCUUCUUCAUUUGACAGACACUUGAAUCCCAGCCAAAGUGUUGUUACAAUUCAAAGAAAUAAAACAGGACAGAGAAUCUUUAAAUGUGACAUAUGCAAUAAAACGUUUAAAUAUAAUUCAGACCUAAGUCGGCAUCGCAGGAGUCACACUGGGGAAAAGCCUUAUGAAUGUGGUCCGUGUGGGCGGGCCUUUACUCACAGCUCAAAUCUUAUUCUUCACCAGCGAAUUCACACUGGGAAUAAACCGUUUAAGUGCAAUGAAUGUGGGAAAACUUUUGGGCUCAAUUCCUAUCUCCGUCUGCAUCAAAGAAUUCACACUGGAGAAAAGCCGUUUGGGUGUAAUGAGUGUGGGAAGGCCUUCAGUAGAAGUUCAAGUCUCAUUCAGCACCGUAUAAUACACACAGGGGAGAAACCCUACAAGUGUACUGAGUGUGGGAAAGCUUUCAGCCAGAGUCCUCAGUUAACUCAGCACCAGAGGAUCCACACAGGGGAGAAGCCCCAUGGAUGCAGCUGGUGUGGGAAGGCUUUCAGUCGGAAUGCAAGCCUUAUCCAGCACCAGAGGAUCCACACAGGCGAAAAGCCCCACAAGUGCACUCAGUGUGGGAAAGCCUUCAGCCAGAGCUCCAGCCUUUUUCUUCACCACAGGGUUCACACUGGGGAGAAGCCCUAUGUGUGUGGAGAAUGUGGACGAGCCUUUGGUUUCAAUUCCCAUCUGACCGAGCACGUUAGGAUCCACACUGGGGAGAAGCCCUAUGUGUGCGGAGAGUGUGGCAAAGCCUUCAGCCGUAGUUCCACUCUGAUGCAGCACCGCAGAGUGCAUACCGGGGAGAAGCCCUAUCAGUGCACGGAGUGUGGGAAGGCCUUCAUCCAGAGCUCCCAGCUCACCCUCCACCAGCGUGUUCACACUGGAGAGAAGCCUUACGAGUGCGGUCUCUGUGGGAAGGCCUUCAGCAGGAGAUCAGCCCUCACUCAGCAUCAGCGGAUCCACAUGGGCGAGAGCCCACAGGAAUUUGAGUGUGGCCCAGAUUUUGCUUAUGACUCCAGCCAUCUGUCCACUGGAGAGAGACAUGGCAGGGCCUUCAGCCACAGUGCAAAACUUGUCCUGCAGUGGACGAUACGAAGUGACGAGAAAUCCCAGGGUUGUCAUGAGUGUGGGAAAACUUACAACACUUCUUCACAGCCUAUGGACUAUGAGGAAAUUCAGGCUGGGGAGAAACCCUAUAAAUGCCAGGAAUGUGGUGGUAAAGCUGGUAGUGGGGUGUCGCCCCGUACUCCACACCAAGUGACUAGUGUUGGAGAGAAGCCACAAUUGAAGGACGGAUCUGAAAGAUACUUAAUUCAAAUCAAAAAGAUUUUCCAAGAAAGACAUUUUUAAUAUGACAAAUGUAGAAAACAGUUUAGAAACUUUGCUUUAUAUUAGGUAGGAUUGCAUAAUGCAAGUUAAAUAAACCGUUACUAACAGACUUGCAUGUUAGGAGGCUGGGGCUGUGUGGCCUAUUGUGUCUACCCAUCCUACACCUCAUGCCUAGGGUCCUGACCGACUCAGAACAGCAGACCACCUUAGCAUCAGGUUCAGUUUAGGUUUUUAUCGCAGGGUUGAGUUCCCAUACUAAAGAGCAGUUGAAGGAAGGUUUCAAGAUAACGAUGUCUCUCAUCAUUGGCAGUUGGUAAGAGAGAAACCCAGAGAACCUGGGGGUUUGGCUUGUCUCAUUUGAGAAUAUUGAUGAUGCUAAGGACAGAUAUGGCCAUGAUUGGCAAGCAUGUGGAUGGUCCAGAGACCGAGAUGGCUGUGCCAUUGACUGUGGGACUAAAUGUAGGUUCUGUAGGUGCACAGGAGAUGGAAGCUUUGGGGGACAGCCACUGUGAAACAAAGGAUGGAGGCUGCAGAGACAGCAGCACAGACUGACAGCCGUGGUGACCAGAGUCUAGGGCCAGCAGUGACAAGGUGACCAGAGCCUAGGGCCAGCAGUGACAAGGACAGCUCCCAAGAGUAAAACUCCCGUUGGAGAUUGUCCUGGUGGCUGUAACUUAAAGAUCUUUUGGUCCUCACUGAGUUAGUCACGUGCAGCAAACAAAUCUUAUCAUUUCCAUCCUCUGCCAACACAGGCCUGACUGCUGCCAACUCCCAGGUACCCUCAUCUCCAGACUUCCCUUUUUAACAAAGCACUGUCCGUGUUUGUUUUUUAAACAUCUUGCCAGGCACCUGAGUGACAGAGACAGGUGGAUCUCUGUGAAUGUGAGAUCCCAGACCAACCAGGGGUACAUAGACCCUGUCUCAAAAAAAAAAAAAAGUUUUAAAAAGCAUUUUAGAUUUUACUUUUUGUUUUUACUAUGACUCAUUGUUUGUUUUUUCCUUACUGUUUUGGUUUUGUUUUUUUGGUUUCGAAGGGGGGGUUGGUUGUAUUCCCCCUUUUCACCAUCUACUGGGGUUAUCCUGUAUGGCUGGGCGCUUCCACUCUGAGGUUAUGCUGUGAGGUCUGGCGCCUCCACUCUGGGGUUAUCCUGUAAGGUCAGGUGCCUCCACUCUGAGGUUAUCCUGUGAGGCUGGGCGCCUCCACUCUGGGGUUAUCCUGUGAGGUCGGGCGCUUCCACUCUGGGGUUAUGCUGUGUGGUCUGGCGCCUCCACUCUGGGGUUAUCCUGUGAGGUCGGGCACCUCCACUCUGAGGUUAUCCUGUAAGGCUGGGCGCCUCCACUCUGGGGUUAUCUUGUGAGGUCGGGCGCUUCCACUCUGAGGGCAAGUCUACCUUUUUGUUCCUUUGGAAGUUGAGCACGCUGUGGUUUUCUCUAGCUCCAUAUAACAUUUCUCAGUGAAGCAUGGCUGGAUGGACACUAGUUGGCAGCAGAGAUGCCUGAACCCAGCCUUCAUGCCCACCAUGCUGUGUAACCCAGGGUCAGUGUAGACACCAGGAGGUUCUUGAUGGUGUUAUUUAUAUUGUACUUUUUUUAAUGCAAGAUGUAUAUGAAUAAGCCAUCAAUGUUGUAUUUGAGUGGCUAAGGAAUUCUUACAUCCAGUUUCCUUCGACUUGAUGAAGUCAAUUAAAAAAAAAACUGUGAAAAUCAA